AUGGAUGCGUGUCAUCUGUUGUUUGGGAGGCCGUGGCAAUACGAUAGGAGCGUUGUGCAUAAUGGAAGAACUAACACUUACAGUUUUACCAAGGAUGGAGUCAAGAUUGUGUUACUACCUCGUAGGGACACCACUACCAGCCCAACUAGGGACAUUACCAAUCUAUUGACCUUGGCAAAGUUCGAGGAGGAGAUUCUACAGUCAGAUGUGGUGUUUGCCCUGAUAGGGAAGGGAGUUGCAGUGGAGGAAGCUAUUCCACAUAUUGCAAAACCAAUUGUCGAUGAGUUCAAGGAUGUGUUUCCUGAUGAACUGCCACCAUUGCGAGAUAUCCAGCAUCAGAUUGAUUUGGAGCCGGGCGCGGCUCUUCCAAAUCGGCCCCACUAUCAGAUGAGCACAAUAAAACAUGAAGAACUGCAGCGACAAGUAGAAGAAUUAUUGGGCAAAGGGCAUAUUCGAGAAAGUUUGAGCCCUUGCGCGGUUCCAUCCUUUUUGACACCAAAGAAGGAUGGUUCCUGGUGA